GUAACGUGGUUGCAUUAUCUGUGCACAUGGCUCAAGCUGAGACGUUCGAGUUUGGCGUGGAGCAGGGACAGAUGCUGCAGGUCUUGAUGCGGCACUGUCAAACCAUGAAGCGUCAGGAGACACGACUGCGUGUGGCCACCGCGCUGUUGCUUGCAACGUUCUUCGCGACUUUGGUGUGGAUACAGUUUCACCAACAAAAUACUACGGAAGCAUUCUCAGGCGCUCAUCAAGAGGCUUUGAAAACUACAGAUUCACCAAUAGGACACUCUGUUCAUCUUGAACCUUUAAGACAGAUGCAUGCUUGUUCAGAACAACAGCCCAUCGAGUGGUUGGACGUGGAUGAUGGCUAUGACUCCCAAAAUUUCAAGCUGGAAAACCAAACAGUCCUCCACAUCUCCACAGAGGGCCUGUAUUUGAUGAAUCUUAGGAUCUCUUACCGUACAGCCUAUGGCCAGUGUGAGCCUGGUACAGAUUUGACUUUAGUGGUCAAUGUCACACAGCAGCAUAGAAACUAUGAAAGAGAGAGAGAGAUUAUAAGUGCUAAGGAGUCUAUGAUUUGUAGAGACUAUUGGUUUCAGUCGAUCACUAUGAAUCGAGCAAUCAGGUUAGAAGCUGGCACUAGUCUCAGGGUGAGAAUUAACCAGAAAAGUUGCAAGAUUGUAAACUGGGUUAAAAACAGUCAUUUGGAUGUCACUUAUGUCUAGAGUUGUUUGUUUUUUGAAAAAUUCGUUUUACUUCCUGAUGGCAUAAAUGCAUAUUUGAGAUUAGUUAGAAACAGCAUUAAGCAGGCGUUUGUUUUUUUUAAUGACCUAUUAUUUAGGUGCUU